AUGAACUAUCGCAUCUCACUCGUCAAGGGGCCGCCGUUUGCCCGCCGCCUCGAAAAGAUAGCGAAACAUUUCCCAACUACCCAAUUUCCGGAUAUAUUUAUGUCGAAGAACAUAGGCCAUAGGCAGACAGAGGAGGACGAAACGGGGAGUAUCAUUGAAGAAUCAAUUGAAGCACCCAACAAACAUGGUCAAGAGCCAGCACCAGUCGCCAACAAGGUCAACACGACUUCACAAAAUAUCCAAGAGAGUGCCAGGCGGCCGAUGGGCGAUCUGCAGGUUCUGGCGGGUGUCAUGGGCGGGAUCCAUGACACACUCAAUCAGAAUGCGGAAAUCAUCGCAGAAGAAAAUCAGCGCAUGAGAUCAAGAUCUAGAAAGGGCUUUCCUGGGCCUAUAGUGAAAUGGGAUAUUAUAAUGCCGCUCAUCGCGCAGCGUGGACUACAACCCAAGUUGGGAGACAUGGUGCCCGACUUGACCUCUUUUGUGGAUCAUGUCGCAGAUGUCUCGCGGAAGCUCAGACUAACUCGAAAACGCACUGUCUUAUUUAUCGUCAGUCCUUAUGACGAAGCCCGAGAGGAGAUGAAACACCUUGCUCGGUUGGCUAAGACUUAUCAACGUGAGAUUGAAAAGAUAAUCAGGCAGAAUGAAGAGAUGGCUCGAGAAGGUGACUCUCCUGAGUCAACGGAUCUUGCGGUCGUGACCAACCGACGCCGAUCGAUAUAG